UAGUAGGGCGGAGACUGCAUACUAGCACGAGUCGUGUAACUGUGUAAAGGGUCACCCGGUUACACGUGAGCAUGGGGGGACAAGACAGGCACUGAAGGAAACUUAACAGGGAACGACAACAACCUGAUGAACUGAACCGGAAAAUGGCGACAUGUGAGGGAAAUGAAGCGCGCCCCGUGCUCAACCGGGUUCCUCCGUUACUCACGGAUCUGUACCAGUUCACCAUGGCGUACGCGUACUGGCGCGCGGGCAGACACAACGAGCCGGCCGUGUUCGAGCUGUUUUUCCGCGAUAACCCGUUCGGCGGAGGCUUCUCACUCUUUGCGGGUCUCAGCGACUGUUUGCUGUUCCUGCAGAACUUCACUUUCUCAGAUGACGAUGUGGAGUAUCUGCGCUCCGUUCUCCCAGCAGGCACAGAUGCUGCGUUCUUCUCAUAUCUGAAGGAGCUGGACUGUUCGUCUGUGUCUGUGUCAGCGGUACCUGAGGGGUCCGUGGUCUUCGCUCGAGUUCCUCUGCUGGAAGUGUCUGGACCGCUGGCCGUGGUUCAGCUGCUGGAGACCAGUCUGCUCUGCCUGGUCAACUACGCCAGUCUGGUGUGUAGCAACGCUGCUCGUUUCCGUUUGGCUGCAGGUCCCAGACGCAGAUUAAUGGAGAUGGGGCUCAGAAGAGCUCAGGGUCCUGACGGAGGCCUGACUGCCUCUCGAUACACAUACAUUGGUGGUUUUGAUUUGACGAGUAACGCUCUCGCCGGCCGUCUGUUUGGCAUUCCUGUGGCGGGAACCAUGGCGCACUCUUAUGUCACUUCCUUUUCCUCUCUGGAGGAGGUGUGGCCACAGACUCUGGUGCCCUGCGGCGGCGGCGGCCCUAUUGACUUCAUCUGUCUGGUGAAGGGUUGGCUGGGUCGUGUCUGUCAGCUAUUGGGGUCAAAGACGAGCCUCGUUCGGGAGGGAGAGCUGGCGGCCUUCCUGUCCUACGCCAUCGCCUACCCACAAAACUUCCUGCCCGUGAUUGACAGCUACAGCGUCAGCUGCAGCGGUCUGCUGUGCUUCUGUGCCGUGGCUCUGGCUCUGUAUGAGCUGCAGUACCGGCCGCUGGGCGUCAGGCUGGACAGCGGGGACAUCUGCAAGCAGUCGCUGGAAGUGCGGCACGUCUUCAAAGAAUGUAGCAAACAGUUCUCAGUUCCUCAGUUUGAGUCUCUCAUCAUCGUCGGCACAAACAGUAUUUCAGAACAGAGUCUCGCUGAACUCAACAAGAAAGAUAAUGAGAUUGACGUGGUUGGAGUGGGGACUCAUCUGGUCACAUGCACGCGUCAGCCCUCUCUGGGAUGUGUAUAUAAGCUGAUAGAGGUCAGAGGUCGUCCCCGAAUGAAGAUGAGUGAAGAUCCAGAGAAAAGCACACUGCCGGGACGCAAGUCUGUCUAUAGGCUUCUGGACGCAGACGGUCAUCCGCAGAUGGAUCUGAUCUGUUUGUCAGAAGAAGCAGCUCCUAAAGCGGGCGUCUCCCUGACCUGCUUCCCUCUGGGACUGAACGAGACGCUUCAAACGGUCACACCGGCUCAAGUAACCAGUCUGCGUUUGGAUGUCUUCACCUGUGGACAGAUCACAUUCCCCCUAAACAGUGCGUCAGAGAGUCGUGAGCGUGCACAGAUUUCUCUGCAAACGCUGCAUCCACUUCACAAGAGACUACAAGAGCCACACGAUUACACCGUGGCUUUAUCAGAGCGGCUGCACUCCCUGGUGUCUGAUAUCACAAAAGGAAACAGUAAAGGCAGCAACUUCCUGCUGUCGAACUGAAGCCGAGCCGAAACAUGGAGCACAGACCAAAGUCAGAAGCAUUACAUCUAAAGGAAAAGAUGCAUUAAAAUCCCCUUUUCCCUUU